GGAACUGUGAAACUACAACAUCGCAGGGACCCGAGCAGAAAGCAAAGCACUGGUGCAAGAGGCAAGGUAUCAUUUUGUACAGACAGUUCUUGCUUUCUUCAUAUUGCUGCAAAAGGGAGAACUAAUUUAAAAAAACAACAUUUCCAGAGCCACGGCAGCGACAGGUGCUGUGCAAAGAGGGAAGGGGGAAGUGGUUCAAGUCUAAGCGACCACACACAACAAACUAGAGAUUUCGCCAAGAGAGUGAUUGGCUGUCGGAUGUCAUGUUGAAAGGACUGCGGCUUUUUAAGCAGCGCCUAGCUGGCCCAGAACUGCAGUACGGCACGAGGAGUUUAUCUGGACUGUAUGUCACGGAAUUCGGUGGCAGUUUUACCCAGCGGAUCCACACCAGGCAGCGGCUGCAGAUCAGUCACUGAGAUCCCAAGGAACCCACAGAAAGGUCUGUCUGAGAUCCCUCAUUAUGAAUAUUUCAACUACAACAAUCUUCCCUCCAACCAUAACCGGCCAGGCUCAUGGGACUAACCAAAGUGGGGCUGUGGGAAAGGCAGAGGCGUCGUAUGCGGUCCUCAAGUUCAUGGAGAGCUUCUGCCUCAUCAGCGCGGCCUGCGGGAUGGUGGGGAACGGCAUGGUCAUCUGGUACCUCGCAUUCCGCAUCCGCAGAAACCACUUCACCGUCUACAUCCUGAACCUGGCCGUCGCCGACUUCGGGUACCUCCUCUGCAUCGCCAUCGAGACGGUUCAGUACCUGAUGCAGUUCAACGUGGGGGUGCAGUUUGGGCUAUUCCUCUUCCUGGAUCUUUUCAUGUAUGGGACCGGCUUGUAUCUCCUGACCGCCAUCAGCAUUGAGAGGUGUCUGUCUGUCCUUUGUCCGAUCUGGUGCCGAACCCACCGUCCAAAGCUCUUGUCCGGCAUCAUCUCCGGCCUGCUCUGGGGUCUCUCCCUGAUGCUGAACAUGCUCGGGUACAUUUUGUGCACCAUUCGCCCCUCUCCCAAGACUUGCCAUGUCCUGCUCAUCACCAUCGGAACCCUGGACUUCCUCUUCUGCACGCCCCUCAUGGUGCUCUUCAGCCUGACCCUCUUCCUCAGAGUCAAGUGCAGCUCCCAACACAUCCGAACUGGCAGGCUCUUCACCAUCAUCAUGCUCACCGUCCUCUUCUUCAUCAUUUUCGCCGUGCCCCUGAGUGUCCUGAUCCUUUUUGACUUCUUGGGCUACAAAUUUCUCUACUCCCCGGAGAUCGGCUUUGUGCUGUCCUGCGUGAACAGCACUCUCAACCCCAUCGUUUACUUCCUCGUGGGAAGCUACAGGGAUCGGAGAAUCAAGUUCACCCUCCGGCUGGCAUUCCAGAGGGCCUUUGAAGAUUCAGCAGAUGACAAAGACGAACGGGAAACCCGUGACACAAUAACUAUGUCCUCCUAACACCCCGCUGUGCCUAACACAGGAACAUUGGUCUGGGGCUGAGGGACAACAGUUUACAGAAUUGAAGAACUCUGAGGUACUGGGGAAGGUUUAUCUCACCUACAGUUUGGUGUCUUCAGGGUAGAUCUCUACCCUCCAACUGGUUAUUUUAAGCUCCAUCUGUGGUCAGUGAAAACACAUGAGCACCUGGACCACAGAAUUUAUCUGACCUCUAUCAGGACCAUAUUGAAAGUGCCUAUUUCUUUUCAGUGGCCAUUAAAUGACUUGGAUUUGACAAGGUGAAAUGUCUUUAUGUCUGAAUUUUAUCAAGGGAAUCCCAGCCAGAGAAUGCUACUCGCUUAGUAAAUCUGCCUUUCAGAGCACAAUAUCAGAUUCCUAAAUUCUCUGUUGCUUUUUACUCAGAUCUCUGCAGACGAGAUGGGAACCCAUCCUCCUCCUGUUAAAACCAGCCAUGAAACUCCUGGAAGGAGACCCUAUCUAUCUCGCUUAGCUUCCAAUACCUGCAUCUCAGCACCACAUGCAGCCUUUUGCAUGAUUCUCGGCUUCCUAAUGUGUGCAUUUCAAAUAAUGACAUGAUUCAUGCCCUAGAAGCCCAUUUCUUCUAUUAACUAGGGAGGUUUCCAGGCCAGAGAGUUGUGAUGUAGUAGAAAAGGGCUCCAACCCCUGCUUACUUGCUUUACAACCUUAAGAACUGAGCUGCAUGCUCCCUUUUCUUGUGUUUCAAAGAAAUACAAGGCUGGAGUUACAUAUUAUUUUAGUUUCCUCCAGUCCAGGACAGAGUAUCUGCAUCUAACUACAGCACACAUCGCGUUGUUAUUUCUUCUUUUAAGAAGAAAAAAUGAUAAGAACCAUGGCUUCCAACAUCUCUUCUACCAAUAGAAAUAAAUUCAAGGAUGGGGGAAAGAGUAGGAAACAGAAGAAGGGUAAAUAAAUAUCACAAUACGCAACAAAUUAUUCUCUAGAUUAAAUCCCUUGAGAUGCAAGAUGUGAUUAUUGGAAGUGUUGUAUGAUCAGGCUACACAACAUUUGCUCUUCUAACCUAAAUAGAUAGAAAAAGCCAAGACAGGUAAUUUUCUUAGAGAAACCUUAAGAUUUCCUCUUCAUGCUUUCAUCUGCAAAUAUUUUCCUAAAGUGAAGCUGCGUUCUUCUGUUAUUAUCUGUUUUCUUCUCCUGUUCAUUUGUCUUUCAAUUAAUUUUGAAAAGCAUCACUUCAAAAAUUGUGAUUCACCUUAGUGUCUGUAUUUGCCUUUUCCUUCCUGUUUACAGCUCCUGAAAGCCAAAAUUUGAGUUGCAUUCCUACUACUCUUUAAUUUUUAAUGCUAUUGUUCUGCAAUGUACAUAUUGUUGAUUUAGAUUAGGUCUCUGUCAUCAAUUAUAUUUAGUAAGGAUUUUUUUUUCCUUCUAAUUUCUACCGCUGAAGGGAAGAGAGCAUCCAUUUAUCAGAAAACACAUUAAAAUGGUUUAGUUUUAAUAUCUGUAAUGAUUUUAUCACGGGAAGAACUGAAAUAUUUCCGUUAUUAUUUAAAAUGUCAAAAGCCUUUUGUUUUUAAAGGAAAAUGUGUUGUUUUUAAAAACAUUAUUGUGCUCAGAAGCAGCCAUCAACUGAUAAAAAUAUACAGAAUAUAAACUGUGGAAAACUUCCCAUCCCAACAGUUUGUCCUUAAACAGACCCAUCAUGAAGACACUCCAAGCAUUCAAUGCGAGUGCAUAUUACACAUCACAUUAACGUGAACACUUUACGUCCAACCCUGGACGUUUAAAAGGUGAUGUCUGCACAUAAACCACCAUUGUACAAACCCUCAAGCAUCUGCGGUAAAACACAAACAUCCCGCUGUUUGCAGAAAUAAAACCGCUGGGUGCGACAUGUGGUGACCAAGCUAAAAAUUUGGGGGGUUUGAUAUGGGUUCUCCUCUCCCUGAGGAGAACAUUAGGCAGGAAGAACAUAGAUCUGAUAUUGCUCUGUGUGUGUUUUAGAUGAUGAUGUGGGGAAAAUGGAGAAAAAUCAGGAGUAAAAGUAAGCAAAUGAGGAAAUCUGAUGUGAAGAUGGACCCACCUGUGUCUUCACUGUUAGAACACGUUGCUCCACACAGCAUUAGACAAUAGGCUUCUUGGGUUGGUGGACUCAACGCUGGACCAAAGAGGGGAAUUAUUGAUGCCAAAGUGCCAUUUCCCCUCAGGGCCGCCACACGUAACUUUUGUAGCACCGUUGAUUUCACAGUUUUGAAACCAGACGAGAAGCAGCUGAUCGCAUUAACCAGCAAGAGGAAACAGGUGCACGGAGGGAGAACCAACAGCAAAAAAAGGCAGGGGAGGGGAGGCUGGAAACCUCAUCCUUUCAAAGAUGACCAAGAAAAGAGGAAUGGGAGGGUGGAAAUCAGCCCCAACAGAAAAAUGGCUAUUGUACCUAACAACAGGGACACAACCUAAGGGUGUUUUUGGCCAUGAACAGAGGGGGAACAUACAAGGUUCUAGAUGAAUAGAAUCAUUUUGGUUUGUAAGAGACUCUUGAGAACAUCAAGUCCAACUGUUCCCCCACCCCUGUCCCUGCCCCAUGUCCUGAGAACCUCAUGUCUGUCUGUCCAGCCCUCCAGGGAUGGUGACUCCAGCACUGCCCUGGGCAGCCUGUUCCAAUGCCCCACAGCCCUUUGGGGAAGAAAUUGUUCCCAAGAUCCAACCUCAACCUCCCCUGGUGCAACUUCAGGCUGUUUCCUCUCAUCCUGGUGCUUGUUCCUUGGGAGCAGAGCCUAGGGACACAUUUCUCCCUUAGUUUUAAAGAGAACUGAGGACUUCUGUUGUGUUCUGAGCAUCUGCCAUGAUACAUCAAUCAUAGGAUGAUUUGGGUUGGAAGGGACCUUGAAUCUAAUAAUUCCCAGCUGCACCAUGUGUGGAUUUGGUCUCCUGUGAAUCUCUUGGGACCUUUUACAAAGAGGCUGUCUUGGCAUCACCUCAAACCAAAGGAGGAAUGAGCUCAUUAAGUCCAUUUUCUUCUGAACACAGACCAAGUUUUAGGGCAUUCAGUGACACUCGUGACUCCUAAUCUCUGAGUAGAGGAAAUGAAAGAACCUUCGGAAGAUAAGCAGCACAGAAAAUAUCAUUUUUCACUGACAAAUGUUCUUAUUUUAUAGAGAAUCUUUCUGUCCUGGUAACUGUAUAAAUAUUGGCACC